ACCGCCAGUGGGUCGCGCAGAGUGCUGGAUCGUCCCCGGAGAAGGGAGAAGGUGCAGAAGGAAGGCUGCAACUUUCUACCGAGCGCAGGCCCCUGCGAGAUCCGGUCUCGGGGCGCUUUUCCUCCCAGGUCACCGAUCGGUGCAGACAGACUUAGCUGCGUGUCUCAGGGACUUCCAGGGCUCCCCCCUCGGUGACCGAUCGCUUGCAUCACUCCAGCCCCUCACUUUCUUUCGCGAGGGGUGUGUUCUGUCCUCUCUGCAAAGGGACCCCGGGAGCUAUGGAGCAGGCGUCAGGUCCGCUCCGAGCUGCCUUCUCCAGCCCGGUUCUCGAAAGCAAAGCCCCGGGGGCCCCGCUGGACUGUAAGGAGACUGAUUGUGGUUCCCCAUCGCCUCGAGGGGAUGGUAUCGGGGCUUCCCAAUCCGCGGCAGAGCUGCCGGCGUGCCCAGAGGAUGCUAUUCUGCCUGCCACCCCUCAUCGGAACCAGCUGCUCGCCCUCGGGGUCCUCCCUGCUAGUGCUAGCUCCGUCUUCGCGGCGCCUGGACAGCCCCGGGAUUCUGCCAGGUGGAUGUUGUGCGUAGCCGGAGCCAAGUUGAAGAGAGAACUUGAUGCCACCGCAACAGUAUUGGCAAACAGGCAAGAUGAAAGUGAACAGUCCAGAAAGCGGCUCAUUGAGCAGAGCCGAGAAUUCAAGAAGAACACUCCAGAGGAUUUACGAAAGCAGGUAGCACCACUGCUCAAGAGCUUCCAAGGGGAGAUUGAUGCACUGAGUAAAAGAAGCAAAGAAGCAGAGGCAGCCUUCUUGACUGUGUACAAGAGACUAAUUGAUGUUCCAGAUCCGGUACCAGCCCUGGACGUCGGGCAACAGCUGGAAAUAAAAGUGCAGCGUCUACACGACAUUGAAACAGAGAACCAGAAACUUAGGGAAACACUAGAAGAGUACAACAAGGAGUUUGCUGAAGUGAAAAAUCAAGAGGUUACGAUAAAAGCACUUAAGGAAAAAAUCCGAGAAUACGAGCAGACCCUGAAGAGCCAGGCCGAGACCAUCGCUCUGGAGAAAGAGCAGAAACUACAAAAUGAUUUUGCAGAGAAGGAGAGAAAGCUGCAAGAGACACAGAUGUCCACCACCUCAAAGCUGGAGGAAGCUGAGCACAAACUCCAGACUCUGCAAACAGCCCUGGAAAAAACUCGAACAGAAUUAUUUGACCUGAAAACCAAAUAUGAUGAAGAAACUACUGCAAAGGCUGAUGAGAUCGAGAUGAUCAUGACUGAUCUUGAACGAGCCAACCAGAGGGCAGAGGUGGCACAGAGAGAGGCAGAGACGUUAAGGGAACAGCUCUCAUCGGCCAACCACUCUCUCCAACUGGCCUCGCAGAUCCAGAAGGCUCCAGAUGUGGAGCAGGCCAUAGAGGUGCUGACCCGAUCCAGCCUAGAAGUAGAGUUGGCUGCCAAAGAGCGGGAGAUCGCCCAGCUGGUGGAAGAUGUGCAGCGACUCCAGGCCAGCCUCACCAAGCUGCGUGAGAAUUCUGCCAGCCAGAUCUCACAGCUGGAGCAGCAGCUGAACGCCAAGAAUAGCACACUCAAACAACUGGAAGAAAAACUCAAAGGCCAGGCUGACUAUGAAGAAGUGAAGAAAGAGCUGAACACCUUGAAGUCCAUGGAGUUUGCACCGUCGGAGGGAGCAGGGACACAGGACUCUACCAAGCCCCUGGAGGUUUUACUCCUGGAGAAGAACCGCUCGCUGCAGUCCGAGAAUGCCACACUACGCAUCUCCAACAGUGACCUGAGCGGGCGCUGUGCGGAGCUGCAGAUCCACCUCACUGAGGCCACAGCCAAGGCUGUGGAGCAGAAGGAGCUGAUCGCUCGCUUGGAGCAGGAUCUCAGCACCAUCCAGUCCAUCCAACGACCUGAUGCCGAGGGGGCUUCCGAGCAAGGCCUAGAGAAGAUUCCAGAACCCAUCAAGGAGGCUACAGCUCUGUUCUAUGGACCCUCAAUGUCAUCCAGUGGGACCCUUCCAGAAGGUCAGGUGGACUCCCUACUUUCCAUCAUCUCCAGCCAAAGGGAACGUUUCCGCACCCGGAACCAAGAGUUGGAAGCCGAGAGCCGCAUGGCCCAACACACCAUCCAGGCCCUGCAGAGCGAGCUGGACAGCCUGCGUGCUGACAACAUCAAGCUUUUUGAGAAGAUCAAGUUCUUGCAGAGUUACCCUGGCCGGGGUAUUGGCAGUGACGACACGGAGCUGAGGUACUCCUCCCAAUACGAGGAACGCCUGGACCCUUUCUCCUCCUUCAGCAAGAGGGAGCGGCAGAGAAAGUACCUGGGCCUGAGCCCCUGGGACAAGGCCACGCUUGGCAUGGGCCGUCUGAUUCUCUCCAACAAAAUGGCCCGCACCAUCGGCUUCUUCUACACCUUGUUCCUGCACUGCCUGGUCUUUCUGGUGCUGUACAAGCUGGCAUGGAGUGAGAGUGUGGAGAGAGACUGUGCGGCUACCUGCGCCAAGAAGUUCGCUGAUCAUCUGCACAAAUUCCACGAGAGUGACAAUGGAGCAGCAGCUGGUGACUUAUGGCAGUGACCCCCAGGCUCACCCAUGAUGAUGUAUUGGCUGCUGCCUCCUCCCUGCUUGAUCAGCUGCUUCUAAUGAUGUAGCCUUCCCCCUCCAACCCCCUCCCCCCAAAAAAUCCCCACGGAAACUGUCUCUGUCCUCAGCCAUCAGCUGCCAGAAGCUCAGAGCCCCUACAACCCCUUUCAAAGGUUGUCACAGCUCCACUGGAGCCCCAAGGUUCAAACAACCCCUAGCACCCAGCUAGGCUGGGGCCCCUGAGGCCCCACCCUCGGCCUAGUCAGCUGACCAGGGCUCCACCCACAUCAGAACCUCUAGCCCUGGUGGCAGAGCUUUCUGACUGUGACACAGUUUGUCACCACCCAGCCUGGCAUUCCUAUAGGCUCUCUUAGGACCCCACCACACAAUAAAAUAGGUGGGAGGCUCCGCUAGACCCCAGGCUUUUCAUCCGCCCUGUUCCCCGGCGGAGCUGGAGGCUGCUUCAAUACAACCUUAACCACAGUCCCCAAGACAGGGAGCCCCACAGAGGGCGAGAUGGUUUCCACUACCCCUUCCCUGCACCCAGGCCAUGAUUUGAGUUCUGCUUGCUUCUUUAGCAAAAUAUUCUGGUUUCUAGAAGAGGAAGUCUGUCCAACAAGGCCCCUGCGCCUCAGGUACCACAGACCACGGUCUGAGAGGCCCCAGCAAAACUGAUCCUGGGCCACAAUGGCAAGGCCAGCUCUCAGGACCUCAGGCAGACCCUUCCUCAGCUGGAUUUGAUCUUUUUCUUCAGCUUCGCAUGAAAUAAAGAAUCGAUGCAGCCACA